AUGACCAAGGAAGCGAAAAUCGACACAGAAGCUACUGUCGACGGGCGCGGGCAACUUGAAGAGCGCACCCGCGACGAUGAAGACGCCGUGCUGGCGGGAUGGUUGUCAUCGGCGUUGCUCUUUGGAAGCCAUGCGAGCAUGUUCCUGUACGUCAUGAACUAUCUGGUAGCAUACGAUGCCUGGACAAUCGACGAGCUUAAAGGCUAUGGAAGUCCGAAGGAAAAUGGGUACCACACUAUCUGCCACGCCCAUCCGGAGCGCCAAGUACCUGCAGUCGAAGUGAUGACAGGGCCUCUUGGUCAGGGUGUUGCAAAUGCUGUCGGUUUGACCAUUGCGUCAAAGUAUCUUGCCGCUAAUUUCAACAAACCUGGCUGCCAGCUUGUACAGUCAACAAUAUGGUGUACAACUGGCGAUGGGUGUCUCAUGGAAGGCGUUGCACUUGAAGCUAUAUCGCUUGCUGGUCAUUUGCAGCUAGACAAUUUUGUUCUCAUUUACGAUAACAACGCCGUGACAUGCGACGGGCCCUUGGACUGGAUCAACAAUGAAGACAUCAAUGCUAAAAUGAGAUCCCAGGGCUGA